AUGACGUCCUCCGUGUUCUUCAAGUUCAGAUCCCAAAAGGAACCCUCUAGAGUUGAAUUUGAUGGUACUGGUAUCUCCGUAUUUGAACUCAAGCGUGAUAUCAUUAUCAAGAGUGGAUUAGGUGACGGAACCGAUUUCGAUCUUCAAAUUUACAAUGAAGCAGACAACGAAGAAUAUGAUGACGAUACUACCGUUAUCCCACGAUCAACUUCGAUCAUCGCUCGUCGAUUGCCUUCCAUCAAGCCGGGAGCAGGAAGAGCUGCCAGAUACAUGUCGGGACAAAUGCCGAUAAAACAAAAGAAUUCGUCGCGAAAAGAACAAGGAAAGCAGGCAAAUGCAAAGGCCGUUGCAUCUACACAAGGGUUGGCACAAAUGAAUAGUGCGAUGACUGAGGAGGAGAAGAUGGAAGCUAUGUUUCAGGCUCAAAGUGAUCAAUGGACGGCACAACAAGAAGAUAUGGCCAAUCAAACCCCAGUCUUCCGGCCAGGUGGUAAGAAAGGUCAACCCCCACCAAACGUUCCAGAUCAUGAACCACCAACUGGUUAUAUCUGUUAUCGAUGUGGAGAGAAAGGUCAUUGGAUUCAGGUCUGCCCUACGAAUGAUGAUCCAAAUUUCGAUAACAAGGCUCGGAUUAAGCGUACAACUGGUAUUCCAAGAUCUUUUUUGAAGACUGUAGAGAAACCAGUUCAGUUGACCAAUGAUGGUACGGUGGAUGAUACAAAGACCCCAUCUGGUGUGAUGGUAAAUGCUGAAGGAGAAUUUGUCGUUGCUGAGCCUGAUAAAGCUUCAUGGGAACAAUUUCAGGCUAAGACCAAGUCAUCUGCUGCUGCCCAGAAAGCUGCUGCUUUAGGAGAUAAAGUUUUGAGAGAUAGAGGAUUGGAAUGCGCGCUCGACAUGAGAAUAUUCAUAGAUCCAAUGAAGACGCCCUGUUGUGAGAAGACGUAUUGCAAUGACUGCAUUACUAAUGCUCUUAUCGAAAGCGAUUUCACAUGCCCAGGAUGUCAGACUGAUGGAGUAUUGAUUGAUGAUCUGAAGCCUGAUGAUGAGAUGACCGAAAAGAUCAAGACUUAUUUGGCAGAGAAAGAUGCAGCCGCUAAGAAAGAAAAAGAAGACCAAAGAGCUAAAAGUCCUAGCGUAAAGUCUGAGGCCACCAAAACGCCCCCCCAAUCUAAAGCAUCAAUAAUGGCAGGAAAAGCCAAAUCGCCAACACCAAAGCAAUCACCUAAAUCAAAGUCACCAGAAGUCUCGAAGGUCUUGAAGAAUAGUCCUAAACAAGGAAAAUCGGUUACCCCAGUUGUUAGUGUUCCUGGUGCUCCGUCAGGACCUCAGGGUAAAAAGCGACCUGCAGAUGAAUUACUCGAGAAUCCAAAAAUUCCCAAAGGACCAAAAGCUAUGCGUCAAAAAGAAUCUGCCAUGAACCCACAACAAAACAUGAUGAACGGAAUGAACGCAAUGAAUGGUAUGAAUGGGUUUCCAAACAUGAAUAACAUGCAACAACAAUUCUACGGCAACGCAAAUGGUUUCAAUAACGGCAUGCCAAACAUGAACAUGAUGAACCAAUUCGGUAUGGGAGGUAUGAAUCCAAUGAUGGGCAUGAAUCCUAUGAUGGGUAUGAAUUUCCCGGGUAUGAACAAUAUGCCUAUGUUCAACAACUCAAACGCAUUUGGUAAUAUGAAUCCCAUGAUGAAUGGAAAUAUGCCACAGAUGAAUGGCAUGGGUAGAGGAAUGAAUGUACCAAAUGGUGCAGCAGCUGGAUUUCCUAAUCAACAAAAGACUGUUUUUGCGGAACCUUUACCAAACGAAGAAGAUAAUGCAUAUUUCAGAAAACCGGUCAAUCCUCAUAGACAUGUGGGAAGACAGAGGAGGGCGAGACCGAGUGAUUACCGGGAACUUUAA